CGUCUUCUCCAACCCCAGUUCGCUCGUUUCCUCCACCGGUCUUUUCCCAGCCGAGUGCACCACCACCCAACUUUCCUCAGCCGUUUCCACGACCCAGUUCAACGCCCAAGCUUCCUCAGUCAAGUUCAACGGCAUCUGUUAUCGUUAUAGCUCCGCCGCCAACCUCAACUCCACUGACCACCUUGCCGCCACCUGCUCAGCCGACUGAUGCUGGCAGCAGACCCCCAAACCUACCGGCGCCAGCUGCACCAAGCUCGACCUCUUUGACGGACCAGCACGGCGCCAUGAACGGAAGCAAGUCGCAGGGUAUUGAGGGCAACCGCGGCCUUGUUGUUGCUCUCAGCACUGUACUCUCUGUGCUGGGAGUGAUCAUCAUUAUCGGAGCCAUCUUUCUCUGCUACCGUUACCGCCGUGGCCGCCUCCCAUUCAGCCGCCGGGGUAACAGCCCGAUUGACGACGAGGAGAUCGAGUCUUGGAAGGCCUGCCGGACAAUCGAGAAAUGUACUACCGUCGUCGUGGACAAACAUGACUCGGCUGGUUCUAUUCGCAAGCCAGCCAGCGUGAUUGUCUACCAGAAUCACAACCAGCACCAGCCACGUCCUUCUACGGAUACGGCACCACGCUCUCUGUAUCACAAGCGGAGCAUGGACAAGAAGAGCAUUGAUAUCCCUCAAACUCCUGUUCUCGCACGAGCCCCAAAUGCCCGAGUUGGUCUCACUGACGACGCCGUUGAGGGUGACCUCGCCUUCCUCCCAUCUCCCAAGCGACAGAAUUCCAGACUAUCCAAGUUGCCGUCUCCUCGUCAUGGCAGACACCGCAGCUCUCGCAGCAGCGCGAGUGUCGGUAGCCUGCGUGAGCACUGGUACGGUUACCACACCGACACAGAACUGUCCCCCCGCCCUUCGGUGGACCCUUACUUCCGGAUGCCUUCUUCGGCACACUCGGAUGGGAAGCACCAGCGCGUUUACUCGUCUCCCUCAAACCCUCCGAGACUUUCACUCGAUGAGGAGUAUCACAUGGGUGGCCUCUCCCCACGCCCUUUCCUACGUCAAUCAGAAAUUGGUCUCGCCGUAGGCUGAAGAUACAGUUUACGAUUCUACGCCGGCCGAGGGGACGUCUCUAACGCCGCGCCUUGUCUUACAACCAACUUUUACGAAUAUUGCAAGAAAUCCGUUAAAACAAACCCUGCGGAUGACAGGAGCACGCCACACGCUAGACUACGACAUUCGUUUCAGCCCUUGCGCUCUUCCCGCG